AGAAAUAAGUAUAUACAAUACAAAAAUAACCUAUAAUAUAAAAUACAUAUGUAAAUAAUAUCUUAAUAAUAAUAAGAGAAUAAAUAUAAAAAAUAUAAGUGAAGAUGAAUAAACGAAAACUUGACAAUGAAACGGAUAAUAAACCUACGAGAGUUUUAUCAAGGUUUAAAUCUGAUACUGGAGAAAUUCUUCCAGGUGGUUUAUUGGAUUUACCAGUUAAUAUCACGGUAAAUAAACUUCAAGCAAUUUGCAAUGCUUUACUACAUAAUGAAGAUCCAGUGCCACUGGCAUUCUAUGUAAAUAAUAUAGAAAUUACAGAUACAUUAGAAAAAAAUAUCGAAAAAAAUUUUAGCGUUAGUGAAAAUGUUCUUGAAAUUAUAUAUCAACCUCAAGCAGUUUUUAAAGUUAAAGCUGUAACAAGAUGUACCGGAUCUUUAGAAGGUAAUAAAGAUUCCGUUACGUAUGAUAAAGUUAUUAAAAUUUUAUUUUUAUAUUAUUCAGGACAUAAAGAAGCUGUUAUAUCUGUUGCUUUUUCACCUGAUGGAAAUUAUUUGGCAAGUGGUUCUGGAGAUACUACUGUACGGUUUUGGGAUGUUUAUACACAAACUCCAUAUUAUACGUGUGAAGGACAUAAACAUUGGGUUUUAUGUAUUUCCUGGUCACCAUGUAGUAAUAAAUUGGUUUCAGCUUGUAAAAAUGGUAUGAUUUUACAGUGGGAUCCAAAAACAGGAAAGCAAGUUGGCAAAGCAAUGAUUGGGCAUAAAAUGUGGGUGACAUCUUUAUGUUGGGAACCUUAUCAUAGAAAUCCAGAUUGUAGAUAUUUAAUAAGUGCAUCUAAAGAUUGUAACUUAAGAAUAUGGGAUACAACAUUUAGUCAGACAAUACGUGUUCUUUCUGGUCAUACAAAAAGUGUUACUUGUGUUAAAUGGGGGGGUAGUGGUCUCAUAUAUUCUGCCUCUCAAGAUAGGACUAUCAGAGUAUGGAGAGCUGAAGAUGGAAUACUAUGUAGAACACUUGAAGGUCAUGGUCAUUGGGUAAACACAUUGGCAUUGAAUGUGGAUUAUGCACUUAGAACUGGUCCUUUUCAAAUGAGUAAUACAAAAGAUAAACUAAAGAAUUCUUUAGAGUAUGCAAAGAAGCAAUAUACUUCAGUAGGUGAAGAAAAGCUUGUUUCUGGUUCAGAUGAUUUUACAUUAUUUUUAUGGAAACCAGAAAAAGAAAAGAAGCCUAUUGCAAGGAUGACAGGCCAUCAACAAUUGAUAAAUGAUGUCAAAUUCUCACCGGAUGGUCGUAUAAUCGCAUCAGCAUCCUUUGACAAAUCAAUAAAAUUAUGGGAUUCAAAUACUGGUAAUUAUAUAGCAUCAUUGAGGGGUCAUGUACAAGCUGUUUAUUCUAUUACAUGGAGUGCAGACUCACGUUUACUACUCAGUGGUAGUGCUGAUUCAACAUUAAAAGUAUGGAGUAUGAAAACAAAAAAAUUGUAUGAGGAUUUGCCUGGACAUGCUGAUGAAGUUUAUGCUGUAGAUUGGUCUCCUGAUGGUCUUCGCGUUGCGUCAGGUGGAAAAGAUAAAGUUCUAAAAUUAUGGCAAAACUAAUAUUAAAAAUUAAAAAAGAAAAUAAUUAUAUA